CGCAGUCGCAUUGGGGCAAGUGUUUUAAUUGACGUUUUUUGCCCAAGUGCAUAAAAUUAUUAUGCAGAUAUUAAUUGAUAAAUAGUGUCGUACAACAAAAAUACAAUCGGAGAUAACAAACGUCAAAAAAUAAACCGAGCAUUAUGGAGGAAAUUAAGCCGAAAAUGUUCGAGGAGCCUCUGAAGAGCAAAGAAAAGCAGGAUCAGAUGACUUCGAGCACAAUUUCGAGUCUCGCAAGUCCGGGGGAUUCAGGGGUGCAAAUGUUGGAUAGUGAAAGUGAGUUGACAUCGGUUAUGUCUAGUAGUGGUUAUGGUUGUGAAAUAGAAGACGAUAAGAAGAAAGUCAUCUACGAAGAGUUCCCAAAGAAUAAGGAUGUUUUGAAGAUUGAAAAGGGGGAAGUAAUGACUAAGAGCGACAUCGCAAAUCAAAAUAUAACACAUGACUACUCGAAUAUGUCUGUGAGUGUUCCGAAUUACUUUGAUAAGUUUGAUUUAUCAUCCGGACUCUCACAUGACAAAAUUAACAACAAAAACGAUGAAAAUGACGUUUUUGAAAUGGAUCAUCCAAUCAAAUCAACUGAUAAGCCCGAAGAUAUUAUGAAUUGUUCUCUAAACAGCUAUGAGCUUCUAGACUACACGAUGGCAAACCUAACCAUUGAUAAUACUGACCAAAUGCAUGUCAGUAUGUCAGAGGAAGUAAAUGAAACCCUAAAAACCGAAAUAUCGUCUAUAAGCCCUGUCCCGGAAGUUCCGGAAAACAUUCCCAUUGUCUCUCCUGAAGAAAAACCGGUUGAGGAACAAAUUGUUUUUCGAAGGCAAAGGAAAAAGAAGAAUAAGUCUGAUACGCCCAAAAAGAGAGUAUCUUUCCACGAGGAUAUUUUGAAUAGCACCAAGAUAGAUGAUAUCCACAUCAACCAUGGGUUUAUCACCAUUGAGCCCGACGUUUCCCUGAGUUUUUUCCAGAGGGGGUUCAUUAAGAAGGCGGAUGUUGUUAAAGGUCGCUACAGCUGGGCAGCGGAAGGUGACGCCCCCUACUACGAAAAACCGUCGGAAGACCGCGAAAUAAAAUCCGCCAUCUACAUGCAAAACAACCGCUACUCCUCCACCUCCUCCUCCUCCACCGGAAGCACCUCCAGCUCCAUCGACGAGGAGGAAACCAACUCGGACGAAAACGUCGCCAAAAUGCUCGAGAAGAAACCCAAAAGCUCUUGCCUGAAGAAAACCAAGAAGAAGUUCAUCGACACGAAGAUCGUUCAAGAAGAAACCACCACCACCAAGAAGAAAAGUGAGGAUAUUAACAUUUUUGGGAGUUUGAAGAACAUCCUCAAUUUUUCAACGUCGGUACCGCUGGCUGAAAGGGGGGUGCCUGAGGGGCAGGAAGAUAUAACUGUAUAUUCUUCAUCGCAGGAUAUAUCGGGAAGAAGAAAAUCCUUCGGGAGUUUGUCGUUGAAAAACUUCGAAACAAUUGAAAUUAAACCACCACCAAUCAUCAACAAGGUUACAGAGGCGAAAAAUAACCUCAAAUUCGCUAAAAGUGAGGGUUUUUACCCCAACUAUCCCACCAAUCAAAACCUACCGUCGAACAUCAUAAUUUGCGACAGCAAUGUCUACGAACACAAAGGAAUAAGUUACUCCUACGAAUACGACAAGUUCCAAAAGUCCUUCGAGCAACAAAACAAACCGAAAAGUUCCACCAUAUACCAGACGAUUCUGAAAGAGUUCAACUUCUUCAAACGCAAAGCCAAAAACAGCAAACCGGAAGAGGAUUUCGAGUUCAUAAACUCCAAAGCGGACUCCGUGGAAGAACCGGAAGUCGGCCCUAUAAAACCGAAACCAAACAAACACUCCAUCAACUCCAAAAUGGAUUGGUCUGAUAACGAUACUAACUCAGACUACUCGGAAGCAACUUCCAGACAUUUGCACUCCCCCAAAAGAAGAACCCUCAAAAACAAUCACUACUCCUUGCAGAACACUUUGUUGGAGGAGGACUUGAGGACUUUGAGGGCGUCCUCCUCAAAAUCCUCCCUGAUAAACCGCUUCCUAAAAAACGUGACCCAAAAGAAGAUGAUGGACUUAAAAGCGGAGAAAAAGACUGAAAGGAAGAUCAUGAGCUUGUAUGUGAAGAACUUUAAAGGCAAAAUGGAGAAAAACGACGAUUUGGAUGGGGAAAUCGCCCGGGAAAUCGUCGACGGCAAAAAUAAAACUUUCGGGGAAAAUUUCGACGGGAAGUUGGUCUUCCAAUUCAAGAAGGAGAUAUUCCGGAGUUGCUUCGAGAAAUUAAUAAAGGUUUUUGGAGUUAGGAGUGCCUAUACUACCAAAGGGGAAAGUCAAAUGUUGUCUGUCAUUUUGACAGAUAAAACCCUGUACAUUGCAGGGUUGAGACCCAAUAAUACUUAUUGCAACUAUUUUGUUUUGCCCUAUACUGAGUUGAAUACAAUUUUGAUUGGUCCCAAUGCUCAAACGAUCCACUUCGCCAACUACGACCGCGACAUGCAGUGCGUCGUGACCACGGGCUGCUCGAUCCUGACGGGCGAGCUGGUCGGCCAGCUGGAGAUGCGCAUGCGCAGAGACCCCGACCGACCGCAGCUGCCCGCGGUCAAGCAGCUGUCCAUGCGCGACAUGGCCAACUUGAGACGCGCCAUAUGCAAGCAGACCUCGGUGCACAAGGACGAAGAGUAUUUUUACUACAGCAUCGUGAAUAUACAGGAGUUUAACCCGGACGAGCAGGAAAUUAACACGCCGAUGGGGCCCAGUAAGGAGGGCCCCUUGAUGUUUAAAAGUUACGAUGGAUCGAGAUGGGAGACGGCAUAUUUUAUAUUAAAGGCUGGGGUGCUUUACAUGCUGUCCUCGGCUUCUCAAAGGGUACCAAUGAGGGUUUUUCCCCUAAUCAACGGUUCUUGUCAGGGGGCAAGGAGGGUUUUCAACGGUCAUCGACCCCACACUUUUCAGUUGAUUGUGGAAGGCAAAAGUUUGCUUCUGGCCGCCCCGGACGAGUACGUCGCUAGCGAGUGGUUGCAACAGUUGGUACACUCUGCAAGCGGGACGUACAACAGAGAAAAAUCCACCACCCAGUCGUGCUCUCUACUUAUGACGGGCGAUCACAUUUUGACGGUGCGCGAGGCUUUUCCGCUGACAAUAAACACGCUGCUGCCGCGCGGAGUGGGCGGACACGAGCCGAUCAAGGGUGCGCAGGCGCUGUCGUGCGCCGCCAUCUGCGAUCUCACCUCGUUCCGGCUUCCGUCCGCAGAACAGAGCUGGUGCAUACUGGAAUUCGCCUGCAGGGAGGUACAUGAGUGCAGUGGCGAUUGGAUUUUGUAUUUUUCAACUAACGCAGAGCUGGAGAAAUUUAUAUCCACUCUGGAGAUGCUGUGGGCGUACAAUAAUGAAGGGGGCGAGUGUUUUCCCUUAAGCACCAUACCGGAAACCGACCCCUUAAGCAAAAGAUGCGUAGACGUGUAUACAUCCUUAAUUUCCACGUGGCCAUCGGACACUGUACAUUUGCAGUUUCUAUAAUUUAAUUUUUUCUUAGUCGAAUUUUUAUUUAUUUUAUUAAUUUUUAUUUCAAUAGGGAAAUUGUACAUUUAUUUGUUCGGUAUUAUUUCUGGCGGGUACAGAACGAUUUUUAAGAAUUGAAUUUUAUUUUUUUAUUCGAUAAUACUCAGUUUAUUCUAGUCAACUAGGUUUAAGUUGCAUCAGCACCUUUUUGGGGGUUUUAAGAUUAUUUUUAUAAAAUAAAUUUAUUUAUUUUAUUGAAUUUAUUGUUCGGUGCUGAACGGAGAAAUGACAUACAUAAAUUGUGAUAGAUAUUGGAUUAAUAAUUUUUCUAUUAGAAAUUAAGGCCAAAUAUCAUGCAAAAUGUUUUUCACAUUAUUGUAUGUUUAUUUAGCCCCCCUUAAUAAAUCGUACUAUACUUUAUAUCCUAAGCUUCAGUAAAAAAUAACUACGUCCAGUAGGUUUUGCGGUGUCGUGUUUUACUGGACAUGGUAUAGCACAUAUAGAUAUUGCACGUGUAUAAAAUAAUAUUCUUAGGGACUUCAGUUUAAAAUAUUGAUAUUGAUUAUAUUAUAACAAAUUUUUUUCUGUUAAAUUUUGUUUUUUGGAUAUCUUAUAAAAAAAAAUUAACAGAAAUUUAAUUUGUACCUAUUAUGUGUCAUAUACAUUAUUAAUAUCAUACAGAAAAGUAUUAAUGUUUUUUGUCAAUAUUGUUGAUAAAAAAAAUAUUAAUAAUUUUUUACCAUUACGUCAUUGUCCAUUAUUAUAGAAUCAUAUACCUACCUACUAUCUACAGGGUGUUAUGUAAUUAAUGUAAUAUUACAUUACAGUAUUUUAAUAAAUUAAUUUAUUAAAAUACUGAUUUGACGGAAAAAUAAAUAAAAACUCAAUAAAUUCAAAAGUUGUAUGCCCUUAAAGCUCUAAUACUCUUCUUUAUUUAUUUACUCAUCCAGCUAUUAGCUUAAGCAAUGAUUAGAAAAUUUAGUACCUGAUUUAAAAAUUCCAUAACCACAAAAUUAAUUUUUUCAUCUGUUUUUUCUUUCUGUUACUCAGAUAAAAUUGGGACAAGUUUACAGGUUAAACUUUAAACAUUCAAUUUGUCUAAAUAAAUCCAAAAGCACUUCCCUUAGUUGAGAUAUUUACAAUUUGAGCACAUAACCUAAAAUUUGAAAGAAAUGUGUUAGAUUCUGUCAUAAACGUUGCCAGAUUUUGUUUGAAUUUACCUUCAUUACAAAAAUUAAUAAAAACGACAAAUUAACAAUUUGCAUUGUCGAAUUUGUCAUUUUUGUAAUUAAGCUAAAUUUAAACAAAAUUUGACAACUUUUUUGACAGAAUCUGGAAACGCUGGUUGUUACCAACCAUAACAUAAUAAAUAAAAUUAGGCAACCAGAUUAGCCUAAAGUUCCUAGUCCGAUCAGUGGCGUUCUUUUUGGUAGGAUAAAGUUUAUUAUAAAUUAUUUUUGGUCUCUAGAAUUUAGAAAGAAAAAGUUUCAGGAACUACUCAUAUUAAUAUAUUACAUUAAUUACCUAACACCCUGUAACAUGUCUUUCAUAUUUUUUUGCUACAUGCGCCGCUAGCAACGUAUUAAAUACGAUCAAGUAUUUUUAUCUUUAAAAACUGGAUCAUGGCCCAUGUAGCGAGAAUACAUAUAUAAAACACAUGGAAUUAAUGUAUAUUAAAAUAAAAUAACUCAUGUUUCUUAAUUGGCUCAAAUAUUUUUUAUAUUACUUAAGAUAACAAAAUUUUGCAAUAAACGCUUUUAAAUGUUAAGUUACCAAAAAUAAUUUGUUUAAAUAUUGUUUUGUAUUAUUACACUAGUUUACAAAAUCUAAAAAAAAUCUGCCCACCAUAUCCCAUUAUAAUUUGUUUUGUGUUUUGACGUUUUUGAGUAUAGCUUGAAAUCUAAUUGAUCGAUUUGGUCAAGCAAGCCCUUAAAUUGAAGGUAUUUGAGCCCUCUAAAACUUUCUUUUACAUACUUUUGAUAUCGGAUAAGUAUUUUGACGCUAGCGAUUUUAAUAACUUAAAAAAUUCGUUUUUGAAGCAAACAUUGAGGUCGAAAAUUUACAUAUCGUCCUGGGAAGGGUUUAAAUCACACAGAUAAAUCCAGUUUGAUUUUUUUUUCGUGAAGCUGACAUUUUAACAAAAAAAACAAGCUAAUGUUGAUAAAAAUACAUGGAAAAAUGGCGAAGUUAUGAAUUUUUUAUUGUUUAAUAUUCAAUAUAUAAUUUAAUUUCAAUAUUUAAUGUUAAAUAAUAAAAAUCAAUGCUCAAUAUUAAAUUUUAUAUAAUUCAAUAAAAUGAAGAAAAAACGUAAAAAAUCUCGAAAAACUGAAUUUUGGAAAAAUUCAUAACUUCGCCAUUUGUCCAUGGAUUUUUAUAAACAGCAGCUUAUUUUCUUCCUUUUAGUAUAAUCUAUACGUAAAAUAAAACAAACUGGAAUUAUCUUUUCGAUUUCUAUCUUUCCCAGAAAGGUAUGUUAAUUUUCAACCUCGUUUUUUGUAAAAAAAGGACUUUUUCAACUUCAUAAAAUCGCCAGUAUCGAACUACUGAGCCGAUACCAAAACUAUACAAGAGAAAGUUGUAGAGGGCUCAAUUACUUUUGAUUUAAGUGCUUGUUUGGUCAAAUCGAUCCAUUAGAACUCGAAGUAUACUCUAAAACGUCAAAACACCUCAGAAAAUUAAAAAAAAACAAUUGAAAAUUCAUAUCUCGAAAACGCUUCCAUGAAAAAAAUGUUAAGUGUGAUUUUCGCGUUUAGUGAGAAAAUCAUAGUGAGACAUGGUGGGCAAAAUGACUGUAAUAAUUUUUAGUAUUAUUAUUAUUAAUAUUAUUAUUGAACCCAUGGUGCUUAUAUUAAAUUUGCUUAAAUUUAUUUAUUUAUUUAUUUGAAUAAAAAUAUCAGUAGCGUUUUAUAUGUAUGUAAAAAAUGUAAUCAAAAUAACUAUUGCGCUUAAAAUUUUGUUCAUUGUUGAUUUGUUAAUAAAAAUGUAGAACCAUUAAACAAUAAAACUCAAAUAUUAUAAAAAUAUUUCUUGCGUUUUAUUCAACUAUUUAUGAGCAGGGGACUGUUUA